GGGGGGGGGCCGGAGAGCGAGGAGCGAGCGGGCUGCGGCAGCGGCGCCGCCCAUGGCUCAGGACAACGCCGCCUUCUGCGGGGUCCCCGAGGGGGUCCCCACGGGGGUCCCCGCCGAGGCCAAGCCCCCUCCCCCGCCCCCCCACGCCCCCAAACGCCGCCCGUGGGGGGCCGGGGGCGCCGCGGUGACCCGGAAGCGCCAGCGCUACGUGGAGAAGGACGGCAAGUGCAACGUGCAGCACGGCAACGUGCGCGAGACCUACCGCUACCUGACCGACAUCUUCACCACCCUGGUGGACCUCAAGUGGCGCUUCAGCCUCCUCAUCUUCAUCCUGGCCUACGCCCUCACCUGGCUCUUCUUCGGCCUCAUCUGGUGGGUCAUCGCCUACAGCCGCGGCGACCUGGAGCACCUGGGCGACCACAGCUGGACGCCGUGCGUCAACAACCUCAACGGCUUCGUGUCCGCCUUCCUCUUCUCCAUCGAGACCGAGACCACCAUCGGCUACGGCCACCGCGUCAUCACGGACACGUGCCCCGAGGGCAUCGUGCUGCUGCUGCUGCAGGCCAUCCUGGGCUCCAUGGUCAACGCCUUCAUGGUGGGCUGCAUGUUCGUCAAGAUCUCGCAGCCCAACAAGCGCGCCGAGACGCUGGUGUUCUCCUCGCACGCCGUGGUGUCGCUGCGCGACGACCGCCUGUGCCUCAUGUUCCGCGUGGGCGACCUGCGCGACUCGCACAUCGUCGAGGCCUCCAUCCGCGCCAAGCUCAUCCAGUCCAAGCAGACGCAGGAGGGCGAGUUCAUCCCGCUGGAUCAGACCGACCUGAGCGUGGGCUUCGAGACGGGCGACGAUCGGCUCUUCCUGGUGUCGCCGCUCAUCAUCAGCCACGAGAUCGACGAGCGCAGCCCCUUCUGGGACGUGUCGCGGGGGCAGCUGGAGAGGGACGACUUCGAGAUCGUCGUCAUCCUCGAGGGCAUGGUGGAGGCCACAGGGAUGACGUGCCAGGCUCGCAGCUCGUACCUGGCGGACGAGGUGCUCUGGGGUCACCGCUUCACGCCGCUGCUCAGCCUCGAGGAAGGUUUUUACGAGGUUGACUACGGGGGCUUCCACCACACCGUGCCCGUGCCCACCCCGGCCUGCAGCGCUCGCCAACUCGCUGCCGCCGCCGCUCGCCGCGAUGCGCACCUGUACUGGUCCAUCCCCAGCCGCCUGGACGAGGCGGCGGCCGCGGGGGGCGAGGGGGACCCCGAAAUGUCCCCCCGAGAGAGCAACGGGACCUUGGCCAGCCCCGAGUCACGGUGAUGCCACCAAAAUCUGGGUGUAUAUACGAAAAAUCCCCAAAUCCCCCCCUUUCUAACGGUCGUGGUGGGUUUGGGGUGUCCCUGGGUUUGGGGAGCAAAGGGGACCCCAAAAUCCCUCGAGAGAACAACGGGACCUUGACCAGCCCCGAGUCGCGGUGAUGCCACCAAAAUUUGGGUGUAUAUACGAAAAAUCCCCCCCAUUAGGAUGAUGGUGGUUUUGGGGUGUCCCGAGGUUUGUGGGGAGCAAAGGGGACCCCAAAAUUCCCCAUGAGAGCAAUGGGACCUUGGCCAGCCCUGUGUUGCAGUGAUGCUACCAAAAUCUGGGUGUAUAUACGAAAAAUCCCCAAAUCCCCCCCUUUCUAAUGGUUGUGGUGGGUUUGGGGUGUCCCGAGGUUUGGGGGAGCAAAGGGGACCCCAAAAUUUCUGGAGAGAGCAACGGGACCAUGGCCAGCCCCGAGUCGCGGUGAUGUCACCAAAAUUUGGGUGUAUAUACAAAAAAUCCCCCUCGUUAUGACGGUGGUAGUGGUUUUGGGGUGACCCGGGGUUCAGGGAUGUCCCUGGGUUUGUGGGGGGUGUUUGGGACCCCCAAAAUUCCCCACGAGAACAAUGGGACCGUGGCCAGCCCCGAGUCGUGGUGAAGCCACCAAAAUCUGGGUGUACAUACGAAAAAUUCCCCUUGUUAUGAUGGUGAAGAGUUUGGGGUGUCCCUGGGUUUGUGGGAGCAAAGGGGACCCCAAAAUUCCCCAUAAGAACAACGUGAUUUUGGCCAGUCGCGAGUCACGGUGAUGCCACCAAAAAUCUGGGUGUAUAUACGAAAAAUCCCCCUUGUUAUGACGAUGGUGGUGGUUUGGGGGUGUACCGGGGUUUGGGGGUGUCCCUGGGUUUUGGGGUCAAAGGGGACCCCAAAAUUCCCCGAGAGAGCAAUGAGAUUGUGGCCAGCCCCGAGUCGCGGUGAAUGUCACCAAAAUCUGGGUGUGUGUAAUAAAAAUCCGCCCCGCUAUGGUGCUGGUGAUGGUUUUGGGGUUCGAUUGGUGGAUUUGGGGGUUCAGGGCUGUCCCUGGGUUUUGGGGGAGCAAAGGGGACCCCGAAAUUCCUGGGGAGAGCAGCGGGACCUUGGCCAGCCCCAGCAGGCACCGAACCGGGGGGGCACUGAAUAAAAAUCCCCCAAAGUGA